CCUUGAUUUCUCCAAUUCUGUUGUCUCCCUCAUUUCUGCAUAAAAACCCAUCAGCAAACCUCCCAUUAUUCAAAACUCAAAGAAAGGAAGAGCUAGCAAAAGAGAAUUAUUAGUUGGGAAAAAAGAAAAUGUGUCGCGGGUUUCAACAGAACGAGAGAGAACGCUUGAAAAUCAAAGCGUUCUCCACCCGGUUAUCGGCUUCGUGCUCCAAGAACAAAGCCCGCUUACCCGAUUUCUUGACCCUGCAUUAUCUUCCCCGCAUCAACGGAAGCCUCAUGGAGAUAAACGGGUCAAACCUCCGACCCGACUCACCCGCUUUCGUGACGCUCCAUCGGGUUUUGUCGAGUGAGAGCAGCAGAGGCGCGGUGUACGCAAGCAAAGAGAGAGUGGCGGUUUGUGAAGGGGUGAGGUUCGAGAUAUACGUGGGGGAUGUGAAGGUGUUGAAGGGAAUUUUUAGAAAAGAUGAGGGAGAAAAGUGGAAGAUGGACUGCAAGUUGGAAGACUUCGUGGAGGGGGUGGAUGACGCUGAGGUGUUGGUUGCGCCGGAGGGUCCGGCUGCGGUGAUGAGCGAGAAGAUGGAGAUGGUGGGGGAUCGGCGGCGGCGGCAGAGGAGGAGGCGUAAGUGUUGUGAGCUAGAGGAGAUUCCAGAAGAGAGGGAGGAGGGGGAGUUGGGAUCGGAUAUGUGCAGGUGCUGUGAGUGUAGUGGGGAGGAGGGAAUUGAGGGUGGGGAGAAUGAUAUGGAGGUGGAGAUGGAGAUGGAGAUGGAGAUGGAGGGAGUGAAGUGGGCGGUGGACGUGGGGAUUUGGGUAGUGUGUCUUGGUGUAGGGUACUUGGUCUCCAGAGCUUCUUCUCCCAACAGAUUGAGGAGAAAAAAGAGAUUUAUAUGAGAGGAUUUUUAUUUUAUUUUAUAUUUGAAGUUGCAAUUUUUAUAGCUGGGGGAGUUGUUGUAAAUGGGAGUUAUGGAAAUGUUGUUUUAUUAAUGGAUCUCAUUACCAUUCUCAUCCUCUUCACAUACCAUAAUUUCUCUUCU